ACAGCAGCAAGUCGACUGCUGGCCGCGUAACAGUGAACACACCAACGAGCGGAUAAACGGACAAACGGCCACGGACACGAAGCGAACGCCGUCAGUGUGUUGUCCCAGUGAAACGAACACCCACGAAAAGAGCAGCAGCAGCAGCAGCGAAAGAGUUUUUGUGUUUGUUAACAGCAAAAGCAGAAGCAGCAAUUCAAAUAUUUUAUUGCUGGCCAAAGAGAGAACAACAGCUGAGCCACAACGCUAUUUUUUAUUAUUUUCCCUGUGUUAUUUUUGUGUUUUUUUUGUUAUUUCGUGCGGCGUAUCAAUACUGUGUGUUAACCUUUUUUUUUACUGUGUAUUCUGAGCUGCCUAAAGGAAAAGUGUUAAAAUUAGCAGAUCAUCAAUUAAUUUUCUAAACUGUGAUAACUAGCAGUGGAAUAAAAAGCAAGUCAUCAAGAAGUUUCGCUGAUCAAAUCCCAUCACAAUGGAUAAAUCCAGCUUAACGGAGAAGAAUCGCACUAAUGUCUACAACGACACAACGAAGCCAAAGAAGCCCAAGCGUCGCGACAAGAGCGAUCUGGGUCCGGAUUUUGUGGCGCCCGACGGUGGAUGGGGCUGGGUGGUCUGCCUGGCAGCUGGCUUAAAUAAUUUCUUCCUUUUCCCGGCCCUGCAACAGUAUGGCCUGAUCUACAGAGUCCGAAUGCAUUCCUUGGGCUUUGAUGCCAAGCAAACAACGACCAUUGUGAAUGUUGUGAUGGCAAUCUCAUCGCUAGUGGGAAUCUUUAAUGGAGCCAUGUUCCGGCGCUUCACAUUCCGUCAGGUGGCCUUGACCGGCACUACUUUGGCCUUCAUGGGCAUCUUUAUGUCGGCCUUUUGCACCACCUUUUGGGAGUACAUUUUCUGCCUGUCAGCGGUUUAUGGUAUCGGAUUGGGUCUUGCCAUGGCAGCCACCUCGCUGGCAGUUAAUACAUACUUUAAACAGAAGAGACGUCGUGCCACAGGAUUUUCAUGGACCAUCACAGGACUGGGUCCCAUUCUAUUUCCACAGGUUUCCACCUUUCUGCUAGAUUUUUAUGGUGCCCAGGGUAGUAUCCUAAUCUAUGCUGGUAUCGCCAUGAAUGCCAUACUCUGCGCUUCGACACUUCAGCCUGUGCUGUGGCAUGUGAAGAAGCCCGAGAAACCAGUUCCAGCUGCCAUUGAAGGUGCUUCCGAGAAAGAGAAACUACAAGCCGAGUUAUUGGAGGCCAAUGGUAAUCUGCUGUCCCCUAACAAUGAUCCGUGGAAGGAUUAUGAGUGCAAAUACUGUCAAUAUCAAAAGCGUGGCAAGCGUGGCAUCUUCUCGUCUCAGUAUCUCUUCAAUGUUGACGAUCCCGAGAGGCCUGGCUAUGAGAUCACCGAACCGGGAACACCGAUGUUGGCUCGAGCCAAUGAUGGUUGGUUUGGAUCGAAGAUUUCAUUGGCCUCGGAAAGUGCGGGUGGUGCACGCUAUCGCACUCGGCAAGCCCUAAUGCGUCAGGUUUCAUCCAGGAGUCGUGAAAAUCUCGAUCGAUGUGAACUGAAUAAGGAUGAUCAAGGUCCAGAAACACCGUCGGCUGCACCCUUAUACAAGCCAAAUUACUUUAAUCGUGAACGCGAAGAUAUGGAUCGUUAUGCCAGUAAGACGAGCGUCUAUUCCCGACCUGGUCAAGAGGAACCAAUCCGUUGCACCUGUGCCGAAGACAAGGUACUGUUGCAAAAGACCGCGGAAUCAUUAAUGGUUAAUAAACUAAAUCAAAUAGCCGAUGAAAUUGCCGAAGAAGAGGCCAAGAAGCACAUGACCUUCUAUCAGAAAGUUCACAAAUUCUUCGAUUUGGAUUUGAUGCGUGACUUUACCUUUGUCAAUUUGGCCGUUGGCAUGAGCAUUAUGAUGUUUGGCGAGAUGAACUUCUCAGUGCUAACACCAUUCAUCCUAAAUAGUUUCGGUUAUGAUGAUAAACAGAUAUCGUUGGUGAUGUCAUUGCUGGCCAUCAUGGAUAUAUCAGUUCGUUUCCUUGCUCCAUUGGCUUUAGAGAAAGUCAAACUGGAUAACCGUGUCCUGUUUGCUUUUGGUAUCCUUUGCAUCGCUGUGGGUCGUGUGGUUGUUGCAUUCACCAGUUCAUACGAGGUCAUGAUCGGUGUCUUCUUGCUAAUUGGGUUUGGCAAAGGUUUCCGCACCAUCUUCUCGCCAUUGAUCAUUCCCAGUUAUGUGCCAUUAAAUCGUUUACCAGCUGCAUCUGGCCUGCAGUUGAUGUUCAACACGAAUUUCUCCUUUGCCAUGGGUCCAAUUCUGGGUGCUGUAACUGAGGCAUUUGGCUAUAAGGCAACCAUUCAUACCAUCAAUGCUCUUACUGGCCUGGCUUUGCUUCUUUGGCUAUCAGAGUCGGUGGUACGUCGUAUUUUGGGUAAACCCUCCAAAGGAUUGGGUCAAUAGAAGCAGCAUUCUAUCUAAUCUAAAUUAGAUAACCGUUAAGAAGGAGCUCAAAUACCUUCGCUUGAACUGAACUACUUGCAUGCAUAUAUUUCUGUCCAUCCCAGUGUGCGAGAUCAUUAGCUUAAAUUUGAAGCUAUAGACAUAUACCUAGUCCACAUAUAUAACUAUGUAGUACUAAAUCUGAUCAAUUUGUGUGAAUAGUAUUACUUGAUUAUGCGGCGCCGGCGUCUAUCGCACUUAAAGAUACCUAAGAAACAUAUCUCUUAACUAUAGCUUGUAAUCCCACAACCUACUCCCUAUUUUUUUGUGUAGCUUUUGAUACUCUUAACUAGACUUAUUGAAUGUACUUAGUGAUAUGUAAUAAUUGUAAUAUUGUUCAUCAGUUGAUAAAUAUAAAAUGUAUAUUAGUUAGAAAAUAUAAGUCUUCUCGUCGUGAUUAAUGUGAAAUGAUUGAUAAGCGGGCAUGAUCGAAAAAGAUUUGCAAAGAUUUUAGUACACCUUUGGUAUGUGGAUCUUAAGAGUGAUACUAUCGUAAAUAGUACUAGCAUCUACUGGUAAAUAUAGAACUAAACUUAAAUGUUCCAUUUUUUUUUAUAGAUGUUUACUCUUAGAAUGUCAAUGCAAAUAAAUAAAUAAGAAGUAAAAGGGGUUUCACAAGGGCUUGUUCAACAUUUAUCAACAAGGUACCAAUUAAGAUAUCAAAUCGGAGCAAAUAAAUGCGAACUCAGAAUUUAUUUAUUCCAGAUAUAGGAGUAUAUAUAUACACCUUAUUGGCAGCUAUUUGCUAGACACAGUUUUUGCUGUUAAUUAACUUGCCGUUUAAUCGAUGUUGUGGACGAAAGUCAGCUAAGCUAUGCUGUUAAAAGAAAAAUCGAAAUGUUUUCCACAAAAAAAAAACAAGCAAAACGUUAAAAAAAAGUUUAAUAUUCCAUAUUACAAAAUAAAUAAAUAUCAAUGCUACUUUUUGAUGGCUCUAUUUGUUAGCCACUUAUUAUGAAUGUCGUUUAUAUCAACAGAUAAUAAAGUUAAAAUGUAUUUGAAAUUUUAAUUAAAAAUAAAAGCUGUGCAGUUUUGGGAGACACCCCCUAAAAA